AGUGUCCGUUUUACUUUUACUGUGUUACCCUGCAGGAAGAGCCCCCCACAGCCUGUACAUGCGUACUGGUACCUACCACUAAUCUCAUCCCAAUGAAAUAAAGAAUUUAGUCGACAACCUUGAGAGCUAUCACCCAACCUCAUUUCAGACACAAUGAUGUCCUUCAUAGGGUCUGGCUCCCUGCUCGUCCCUGCGAACAAAACGAAGGUCGUCGUCGUGAAAAUAAGCUCCUUUUAUUUGGUCAUCCUGUAUCAUGCUUCGAUUUUUGGGUCUUUAUUCAACUAUGAUGUUGAAGAUUUCCAAAACUUAGCUCGACAGCGGAAUAAUUUUGACGAUGUACUAUUUGAUGCCGAGACGAGGACCUCAAUAGGCACCUCUAUUUCCACCUCCACGGCACGCACACAUAGAAGAACAUCGCUCGAAGAAAGAACAAGCACGAGUGCCUCCUCUCGAAGUAGUUUUUUCGCAGCGGCAAUCAAACUGAAGGUAAAUAAAGCCCAUUCGCCGGAUCAUGAUGGAACAGAAACUCAGGAGCUGGCCCACCCCCGGAAGAACAGGGAAGUAGAACAAGAUGUCCUUCUUGCGCGGCAGCGCAAAAAGUAUAUCAAGCUGAGGAAAAGUAGAAAGAAGACAAAUAAAAAGCAGAGCUUUAUCGCGUCUCUUCGAACAAGCACAAGAAGUAGCAGGAGCAGCAGCAGCGGUUCGAAUGCGAAAACAGAAAGCAUUAACUUGUCUGAUGAUGAUCAAGUCGCUGCUUCGGCUCGUCCCUCCCCGACGGCUACCGUGCUGCAACUUGGACGACGAUCUAAAAACAGCAACUACCCUGCGAACGACUUCAACACCGCUACCAGACCGAAACUGUGUUUAGAGGAAAACUCUGCUGAGCGGGAGAACCCGUCGAAAGGGUUCCGGGAACACACCGACGAUAUGAAUUGCAAAAGUGUCUGGGUCUGGAAACUUGUGAUGCGAAAAUGUGGAUGAUGGAAACAGUUCCAAAUGCAACCUGGCAGGACAACUUUCCAGAACGCUUCUCCAUAGGCAAUCCGCAUGAGAAACUGCGUGCUUGCAUGUACAAAAGAGGCUGCGACUGUUGUAGGCUAUGCAAUACAGAUUUCCUAGGUAUGGAAAGCUAGCAUUACAAGUUCCAACCUUCCAGACCCAGACACUUUUGCAUUUGAUAGACGAGAACCACACCAAGGGUAAGGGCUACUGCCAGGAGAACCAGGCCCGGUGCUUUGGCAGUCACUGUCCCAAGAACAACGUCAAAACCGCGUGGGGCUGGAAACAGCGGUGCUGUUUCGACCGCAAUAUCAAAUGCAAAAAUGUCUGGGUCUGGAAACUCGUGAUGCUAAAACGUGGAUGAUGGAAAAACUUCCGAAUGCAGCCCAGCAUGACAACUUUCCAGAAUGCUUUCUCAUAGGAAGUCCGCAUGAGAAACUGCGUUUUUGCAUGGCAAAAGUGGCUGCGUCCUUUGUUGCUUAUGCAAUACAGUAAUGUGGGGUUAGCAUUACAAGUUCCAACCUUCCAGACCCAGACAUAUUUGCAAUGCAUACGCAAGUGCGACCGGAAAUUAAGCCCUUCCAGUGACCCGGGGCUAUUUGAGAAGGAUGAGGGGAUUAUUCCGCUCGGCACUGAGCACCCGGAGAGCUUCGCUUAUUGGGUCGCCAAAUUUGACUCGGAAAGCUGCAACGACUCGGAGGAAGUCUGUGUGCAGCACCCGAAUUGCCGAGGUUUUUGGUACCCGGCCACCCCUUCGGAGAAGGAGACGCAAGACAAUUUGAACCAGUGGCAGAUGCCGAGCACCUGGGGCGCGAUCGGGUUGCAAGAGCCGACAAACGAAGCAAAAAUCGAGGUCACGGAGUCAAAUCCAGCCCUCGGCCUGGACAUCUUUUUGCAAACGGAAAAGCGGGGCGCCUGUUGCGGCCUCAACGACUGCAAUCCGCGGGAGCAGCACCGCUUGCAGGCUUGGCGGCAGUGCGGGAAUAGCAAAGAGGUGUGUGAGGGCAUGGGAGAUGGGGGCUGCAAGCGGUGGUGGGUAAGUUUUGAUCCGGAUCUGUACAUCGAGCCGGCACCUGGACCUGCCCUCCCAGAGGACAACACCAAUGCCCCCAUAGCAGGAGGAGCGACGACGAAGCAGCCGGGAUUAAACACGGAAACUUCCCCCGCAACGGGCGAUGAAAAUAGUAGUAGCGCGGACAGCACGAACAGCGAGGAAACAGAAGCAGGAGCUGCUGCUGCUGCUGGAGGCAAUUCUACUGUUGCCGGCAGUACAUCUUCCACUGCUGUCGCGAAUGGUCUUCUGGCUCCUCCUGCUGAGUCCUCGCAGCAGGUAGUUCAGGAGUCUUUUAAAAUCCCCGGUACUAUCGAAUGCAAAAAUGAUUGGGUCUGGAAGGAUGCGAACUUGUGAUGCAUACUUAGAUCACACAAAAAUCUGUCAUGCUUGGACAGUCAGCAAAAGGAGCUCUUUGUCCUGUCGCCGGAAGAAGGUGUUUGUCAUGCGGACUCGGCAUUGGGAAACCGUCUCAAAACCUGUGAUGCUAGGCCUUGCAUGGCACAUCUUCUGUGUCAAGCAAACACAGCAUAACAAGCCUCAGCAAUCUUCCAGACCCAGACAUAUUUGCAUUUCAUAGGUACCAACGAGACGCAAUCGCUGGAGGAAGUCCAAGCCACGGCGGACGAAUCCAAAGCGGAGGAGGAAAGCAGUGGUCUGUUUUCAAAAGUCGGCGGCAUUUAUGAAAUGCAAAGCAUCGUAUUAGAAGUUGUAAUCACAUUACAAAUUGGCUCAGCAUGACAAAUGGAAUUUCUCAUGCUGAUUUACCUUGAGAAGGAGAGUUGUCAUGCAUAACAGCAAUUACUACGAGUGCGAUACUUUUGCAAUUCAUAGCAUUCCGCUGUGGGCGAUCCUGGUCGUUGUGGUCUUUGCGCUGGUCGGGCUCGCUGGGCUAGCCGUGUUUCUUGUCUGCUGUAAGAAGAAAAAACCUGCCAUUCCGGAUAUUGUCAUCCCGCCGCCGCGGCCUUCGACGGCUCCCUCAAGUUCUAGUAAAGAUAAAAAAGAGAAAAAAGACAAAAAGGAAGAUGCCGGUGAUCUUCAUGCAGUGGGUUCAGCGAGCAGCAAGACCGAGAAGAAGGAACAAGACCACCGGCAUUUUCACGCCACUGGUACUACUCGUAAAACUACCUCUGCUCCUUCCCAGGAGACCACGCACAACGUCACCAACUUUGGAGGUGGCGGCAGGCAGAGUGCGCGGCAGAGCCAGAGAAACAGAACGCCGACCCUGGAUGAUAGCGAUGAUGAUGAUGGGAAUAGGAAGGAAAAGAAGCACCAUCACCAUCACAAAGAUGAUGGGGAUGACGAUCAUCAUAGCGGCCACCACCAUAGGGACCGAGACGAUCGGGAUAGAGAUCAUCGGGACAGAGAUCGAGAUAACAGGGACAAAAAAGAAAAAGACCACCACAGAGAUCACGGCCACGACGACAGACACGACGACAGAAAGUCGCAUCGGGGCGGACACAGCGAUCGCCCGAGCAAGAUGCCCAGCAGCGACACGUAUCGAGUUGCAAAUAUAGUAUUUAGCAAAAAUUCAAUCUGGGGCAGGACGAAGAGUCAAUUACAUGCAGAUGUUUGUGCACUGCAGAUUUUGCACAAGAACCCACGGUGUAUGUUCUAGCAUCGCAAGUUUUGAUUAUGUGGUGGCUACUUCAUAUACCCACCUUGCCAGACAGAUGCUCGCGGCUCCUCCGUGCAGCACAUAUUGGCGCGACCUUCAUGUUGCACCUCAUGCACGACAGAUUUUUGUUGGAUGAUGUGCAAGGCCAAGGCGCAUCACAGAUUUGCAGAACUCGUUUAUUCUAGACCCAGAUCAUGUGGACAAGAACAUAUUUGCAUUGCAUAAGACGAAGAGCGGCGGCCCCAAGUCGGACGAUAGGGAUGGCAGAAAGGAAAAGAAGGAAACCCCCAGUUUACGCGUUGCAAAAGUGUUACAAAUCGUACACGUAGAAAUUUUGCAUCGAUCUGCUGUAAUUUUUGCAUGACAAGUUUAGGUCUCUGCUUCCAAAAUCGAAAUUUGCGAUGCUGCGAGUCGGCUAAGGCUGCAGAGCUGUCAUGAUGCUUGGAUGAACAUCAACAUACGGGUACGAUAAAACGACUUUUGCCGAGGAUAGUUUCGGCCGUCGAUGGCUUGGUCGGCAUUGCGACCUGGCGCCCCGGGGAGCCACGACAGGAAAGAGAAGAAGGAUAAGAAGCACAAGGAGAGGUAAACAUAAACAUCGACUCUGAUGUCUUUGUCUCAGUGGAAGCAAGUACUUGUGUAUUGUCAUGUUGAAAUCUCGCAGAGUGUCCUAUGUUGAGUAUCUGCGUAUUAAAUUAUAUUGCAAGUAGGCAAUGCCGCCGAUAGUUCACUUACGUUUUUUUCUGUUGCAAAAGUAACAUUCAACCCCAGCACCCGCCCGACGCCUACGACCUUCAACUUCCAUGUAUCUAUUCUUUGUUGCCUAACGACCUGUAGAAUUUAUUGUUCGGACGAGUUUCGAAAAAGAUUGUACCUUCAUUUGCAAUGUGAUCACAGACCGAAG